CUUCUGAGUGUCACUCGGAGAGACGGUCGGCUACAGAAAUCACAGCCCGUGUCAAAAGGGACCCGGAUGGUUGCAGAAUCGGCGGCGAAGUCACCCAGACACUCUGAAUAAUUCACGUCUCGGGACACCGGGAAAACUACGCCUGCGCUCCCAGGCCCGUCACUCAUCCGGUUAAAUGCAAAUUGGGCUUUUCAGUCCUCUCCCGAAAACCUCCCGCAUCCAUGGCUGACACGCCACCUACUGCAAAGCCGAGCUGACAGCUCGUGCAAAGCUGCUGGCACUUCCAUUCCAUUGGCGGGCUGGAGAGGAAUAAAGGCGUGUUUGUGAGAGGGGGGUGGGUGGGGGUCUUUUUCCCCAACCUCUCGCCACGCCACGGCGGACCAGCUCCCGGAGAGACCCUGACCGAGUUUCCGAAAUGGAACGGAAGAUCAACAGGAGAGAAAAAGAAAAGGAAUACGAAGGCAAACACAACAGCCCCGAAGCUUCCGAACGUGGAAAGGACGGCAAAUCGACGCUGGUCACGCUCAACGUUGGCGGGUAUCUGUACGUUACUCAGAAGCAGACUCUGACCAGGUAUCCGGACACUUUCCUCGAAGGGGUGGUCAACGGGAAAAUCCUGUGCCCCUUCGACGCGGAGGGCCACUACUUCAUCGACCGCGACGGGCUCCUUUUCAGGCACGUCCUGAACUUCCUACGGAAUGGAGAACUUCUCCUUCCGGAAGGGUUUCGGGAGAACCAGCUCCUGGCGCAAGAAGCGCAGUUCUUUCAGCUUAAGGGAUUAGCUGAGGAAGUGAAAACCAGGUGGGAGAAGGAGCAGCUCACAUCCAGAGAGACGACUUUCCUGGAAAUCACCGACAACCACGAUCGCUCCCAGGGGCUGAGGAUCUUCUGCAACGCUCCCGAUUUUAUCACCAAAAUCAAAUCCCGCAUCGUCCUGGUGUCCAAAAGCCGGCUGGAUGGGUUCCCGGAGGAGUUUUCCAUAUCUUCAAACAUUAUUCAGUUUAAAUACUUCAUAAAGUCAGAAAAUGGUACCCGGCUGGUUCUAAAGGAAGAUAACACCUUCGUCUGCACCCUGGAGACACUGAAGUUUGAGGCUAUAAUGAUGGCUUUAAAAUGUGGCUUUAGACUGCUCACCAGCCUGGACUGUUCUAAGGGGUCAAUUGUUCACAGUGAUGCACUUCAUUUUAUCAAGUAAUUAUUUCUCUCACUGGGACAAAGGCGACAAGCAUGCGGCCAAUAAGCCUCCUUACAAUCCAGCGCCCCGGCAUCACCAAUAAUGUUGCUAACUGGCUCUGCACCAGAACUCUGCUGCUAAUGAAUUACUGUGAGCUAAUGGUAUGUAAAUUCUAUCUAUAAUAACAACUGACUCUUCUUGGGUUAUUUGUGCUGAAGGGAAUCUUACACCUAAAAUAAAUAAAAGAGAUUGCUCUUUGAA